AUGGCUGACCUAGGUGUGCUGAAGUCCUCCUCCAGCGGUCAGGACUUCUUGUUUGAUUUUUCCACCACCUUCCAACAGAUGGUGGGGGAUGUACACUUUUACUCCUGCCAGGAGUCUGGUUGUGAUGAGAACACCUUUUGUACACCUGACACUGUUGAUCAGUGUCUCUCCUUCCUUAAUCAGGAAUUACUUUCCCUGGGGUUCCAAGCUUUGUCAUGUGACAGUCAGAGUAAAAUGACAAGUCUGAUUAACCGCCUCUACCAGAUCUUGUGUCUGUACCAGAGACAUGGCCGAACAAAGGAGGAACUUGAAAAUAGACUACUGCGUGUCAACAGUGAAUGUGAAAAUUACCAGCAUGCUAUUGCGAGGUUGAAAACAGAAAAGGAGAAACUUCUGAGAGAAAUAAGUGUAGAGCAGGAGAAAAGCCGUCAACUGUUGGUCAAACACAAGACAUCCACUACAAAACUCAAGUCAGAGAAGGAAGAGGUGAAGAGACUUACAAGCAUAAUCAAGGACAGAGAUACACAAUAUAAACAUGACCUAAAAAAGAAGGAAAGAGAAUGUAAUAAAUUGAAGGAGAGAAUCCAUCAGUUACUAGCUGACAAGACACCCAAUCGGAGAGUAGGUUUGGAUAUUGCUUGCUCCUUACAGAGCUCUGAUGGCAAAAGAAGUACUUGGAAAAUAACCUCUAACAAACAAGAUGAAAUGUACCAGCAGGUCAUCACAAUGUAUGAGGAGAAACAGAAAAAUCUAUUGGUUGAGAACACAGAAUUAAGGACCAGUCUGAAACAUGUUUACAGAGACAUCAGCAAUGCACUGGGUCUUCAUGAUCACCUUACAACUCAAAAGAGUACUACUUUACAAGAACUCGAGUCUUGUUCUAGUGAAGAAGAGUUCACGACUUAUCCCUCAGCUUGUAGUUAUAGAUCUCAGGACUCAGAUGGGUACUUCCAAAUGCCUUAUGACAUGAUAAAGGAAACACUGGAGACCAUGUUCAAAGAAAGAUCAAGAAAAUUGAAAGAAAGGAGGAAAAGAAAGCUGCCAAGUCCUAACAAACCUGCCAGAACUUGUCCCCCUAAACAGUCACCAAACAAAUAUUGUGACUUGGAGCAGCUCAAGAAGGAAAUGGAGACAUUGAAAAAGCAGAUUAAGACAUACGAAGAUCAGCUAGAGAAGCACAAAAGGGAGAAGGAGAAUUAUAAAGAGGUCAUCCAACAACAGGAGGACAUGAUACAGAAUUCCAUUCAAAUGCACAAACACCAAAACUCAACAGAGCAUAUUUUGGAUGACUCCAAGGUUGAACAGGAACGACGGAGUCUUUUAGAGCAGAAGAGAUUAUUUCAUGAAGAGAAGAACCACUUCACAGAAGAGAGGAAGCAGUUUACAGAGGCAGCCAUUAAACUGGGUAAAGAGAGGAGAGCUUUAGAGGAAGAAAAGACUGCCAUUUUAAAAAAUCAGUUUCUUCAGAUAUCACCCUUCAGAUCUCCCUCAGACAAGUCUACACCUCAUAAAGUGGAUUCCAUUCGCCUCCUUCCCUCCACCCCCCAGUUUUCACCAGCUUGUCCAGGGCAGCCAAAGACUCCAUCCACUGUAGAACUCUUCAGAUUCCUGGGAAUUACUCCCAAGGAGCAAUUUCUACAUCACAAAAACUCCUCAUUAGGUGACUCCAGUGAACUGAAGCGAUCCCACAGCUAUGAGUGCCUUAAUAACAAUACCACAGUGACCAAUUCUAACGACAGUGGUGACCUUUCUGUAUUCUCUGAGAAUAAGUCUGGUGUAGUCAAGAAAUCACUAUUCCAGCAUCUUUCCUGUACACAAAGUAAUGAUGAUCUGGGCAUUUAACAGAAAAAAUGCUGUAUAUUGGAGCUGAUUAUUUGAAAUGUGUUCUUUUUUUGUAAUGAACUUUUGUGAGGGCUAUUUAAUAUUUUUCAUGACUUUUACCAGCAAAUGUUUCAGUAGGGAUUGGAUUAUAUAGCCAAAUCAAAAUAUGUAUUAGGUUUUUUUAGCUCACCUGAGCCGAAAGCUCAAGUGACCUUUUCUGACAAUAUUUUGUCCAUCUGUCUGUCUGUAAACGUUUAACACUUUCAGCUUUUCAAGAACAACAAGACCAAUUUCAACCAAACUUGCUUAACCACCCAAAAAGGUAUUCAAAUUUGUUCAAAUGAUGUACUUCACCCUCUUUCAAGGGAAGAUUAUUAAGAAAUUGUGGAAAAUAGAUUGGGUCAUCUAAAAAAAUCUUUAAAAAAAAUCUAUUGGAUCAGAAAAGAUGAAACUAUUGUGGAAAAUUCCUAACAUAGUGUCAGUUCAAUUUGUAAAAAAUCAUGGCCCCAGGGGUAGGGUGGAGACACAAUAGGGGAUCAAAGUUUUACAUGGGAAUAAAUAUACGAAAAAUGUUUCUGCUCAAGAACAGCAAGACCAUGAUAAGUUAUGUAAAGAUGCAAUCCUCCUCAUACAAGUAUAGUGCAAAUGAAAGUUUGUUCAAAUCAUGAGCCCCUGGGAUAGGGCCAGUUCACAAUAGGGAAUCAGAGUUCAACAUGUGAAUAUACAGGAAAAAUAUUUAAGUCUUCCUCUCAAGAACAGCAGGGCCAUGAUCAGUAAUAUAAAUAUGCAAGCAUUCUCAGGCAGAGGCAGUGCAAUUUCAAGUUUGUUCAAAUCAAGGCCCCCAGGGAUAGGGUGAGGCCACAUUAAGGGUUUAAAUUUAUAUUUUAAAUCUUCUCAAGAAGAGCAGGGCCAUCAUUUGGGGCAUUUAUAUUCAUUCUGGUGUAUUGCAGAAUUUAAUUUCUUUUAAGUUAUGGUUAAGAUGACUUGGGUGAGAGUUGUGACCUUUGGGCCUCUUGUUUCAGUCACUGCAUCCACAUCAACUUUUUAGAUCCACUUUUGAGCCAUUCUGAUCAACAGUUAUUUAGUAUCUGUCGUUCUGGUAACUUUUAACACUCUCAGCUUCUUUCCAAUUUAGAAGGACAAUUUCAGCUAAAAUUUGCAGAAAGCAUUGCUGUGUUUUUGGGGUUCAAAUUCAUUCAAAGGAAGGGCAGUGUCUCAAGUCAAGGGAAGAUUAUUAAGAAUAAUAUUAAAGCAGGGUUGGAUCGACAUUUAAAAUUUGUUUUCAGAACCCCAUGUCAAAAACCAUAAAAAAAUUAAUGCAAACUUUCUUAUCUGGGGUUUGCACAAAUGGUAAAAUGAUAAAGGUGAAAGUACCAGGGUACAUAUAUAUGAAUUUUGUGAUAAGUCAAGGCCCAAAUUUGUAAGUUUGAAUUAAAAUUCUCUAAAUAAAAUUGUUAAAAGUGUAGACUUAUCAUUUAUGGUUUAUGUAUGAGGAUGAGGUAUUAUUUGUCUGUGACUGGGUGUGUGUUGUGGCCCAUGACCUUUUUGUUUGGAUAUUAAGUUUUAUCACUUUUAUUGGAUGUCAAUUCUGUGUUGAAUGCAUGGUAUAUCACUAUGAAGAUCUAUCACACAUCUAAUAACUAUUAAUCAUUUUUGCUACCAUGGGUUUGGGAUUGUCAGAGUUUCAAAGGGCACUUUAUUAAGUAUCAAAGACAGAAGCUGGUGAAGAAAUCGAUGUUGAAUAUUUUUAUACUUGUGUGCCCCUGUCAACUCUCUAACUUAUCUUGCAUAUUUUCUCCUAAGUUUAGUAUCUUUCUGGCAUAUUUAUAAAUACUUGUCUGUAUGUUCAGCAAAGAUUUUUAACAUUUUCAUCUUCUCCAAAAUUACUGGACCCACUUCAACCAAACCUUAAGCAAU